UCCGUUUCCUCCUGGUGUGGGUUCUGUGCAGAUCUCUGGGCUUCUCCGGGAAAGUCAAACUGCCUCUCUGCAAGGCCAGUUGCUGUAGAUGCAAGCAACCUGUGAACUCAGGCCAACUCCUUGUGAGACUUCACAGAAGGCUAAGGCGUUCCAGGACACACAGCAGCUGUGGCCAACUGCCCAGGGGGUGGAGAUUGCUCUCGGGCUCUCAGUUGCCCUUCAGGUUCUGCACCCUGGGGACCUGGCAGUGGCAGAAUCAUGUGGGCAUCUGCUUGGGCUCUUUCUCUUUCACUUUUCUUUUAGCUGGGGUUGGGACUCCCCGGCUGGAAAGCACUCGGGGGAAACCGGGGAAACCCCGUCUUAUUCGGCUUAUUCGCUCCUUGUGCCUCGAUUGCUCACGCUGGCUUCCGCCCUGCAUCCUGCACCUUUCAGCCAGAACCCGAUGGAGGUACAGAACGGGAGGUGGUAGUGCUGGUGGUGGUGGAUCAACAAUGGAAUUUUUUACCAAAGCCUACGCCCCGGGCCCCUCCCAGCUCUGGCUCUGCUCAGACACCCUUCUCCCCUCCAACUGCGGGCCAGGCCGCCCCGCCCUCUUGACCAAGACUUCACUACUUAGUGGCACUGUAUACAGUGUUUCCCCUUCUGUGCAGCCACUCUUCUCCCGGGUUCUCUUCUCCAGCCUCCCCUUGCAGAGUAGGGCAGCUUGCGGGUCCUCCUGCGAGUUUCUCCCAACCCUCUGCGCCCAAAGGCUUGCAGUGCAUCUCGCUACGCGCUGCAGGGACCUUUCCAGGGCAAGGACUUGGGGGAGCAACGCGUGUCUGGCUGCCCCCGCCCAGUUGCAGAGUUGGACGAAGAGGGGAUUCUGCUGUUCGCAAGGUUGAAUUCCGCAUCUAACCGAGCUCAGAGAAGUCAGGAAAGAAUCCACUUUGACAUAUGGCCCUUUGGCUCUUCAAAGCAGUGUUUGUUCAUGGUCCAUGCUGGCGAGGUCCUUAAGAACACAGAAGUCCAUGUCAGCAGAUAACCAGCCUACCGGAGGCCAAGAGGCGUUCUGGAUGGAUGGCAGCUGGAAGCCCUUCGCCAUAGCCCGCUCUUCUUCAACACUUAAGCAUUUACCUGGGCAUUAAGUAAUGAAAAUUUUGAAACCAUAUAUGAGGAAUACAUCCAUCUCGUACUACCUGUGUUUUCUUCUCAACAGUCACUUCUUAACUGAGGCUGGCAUCCAUGUCUUCAUUUUGGGCUGUAUCAGUGUAGGUCUCCCUAAAACAGAGGCCAACUGGAUAGAUGUAAGAUACGAUCUGGAGAAAAUUGAAAGUCUUAUUCAAUUUAUUCAUAUUGAUACUACUCUAUACACUGACAGUGACUUUCAUCCCAGUUGCAAAGUUACUGCAAUGAACUGCUUUCUCCUGGAAUUACAGGUUAUUUUGCACGAGUACAGUAACAUGACUCUUAAUGAAACAGUAAGAAACGUGCUCUACCUUGCAAACAGCACUCUGUCUUCUAACAAGAAUGUAAUAGAGUCUGGCUGCAAGGAAUGUGAGGAGCUGGAGGAGAAAAGCUUCACGGAGUUUUUGCAGAGUUUUAUACGGAUUGUCCAAAUGUUCAUCAACACGUCCUGACUGCACUCGAACCUCGUCAGUGUUUCUGUUAUUAAGACACCUCCGCCUGCUGCCCAGAGGCAGCACAGCUCCAUGCAUUCGUGAUCUGCUGGGAAACCAAGCUUCCUAACAGGGAGCGGUUGAGCCAUUUGGAUCCCAUGAACCCUCGGGAAUUUAGAGAGGGAAAGAGCUUUUCUCGGACUUAUUUUUGCUUGCUUAUUUUUAAUUUAUUACUUCAGUUGUGCAUAUUUGUAAUAUAACAGAAGAUGUGGAAUAAAGUUGUAUGCAUAUUUUAUCAAUUGAA